AUGGCUACAGACAUCAAAUCACUACUACCAGUUAUCGACAUCAGUCCCUUGCUGCUCAAAUGUGAGGAUUCCGAUAUGAUGGAGGAUGCCGGCGUGGCGGAGGUUCUGGGAAAACUAGACCGGGCUUGUCGGGACAUCGGAUUCUUCUACGUGAUUGGUCAUGGAAUUUCGGAGGAUCUUAUGCAGAAGGUUAAAGAGGUGUCGCAUCAAUUCUUUGAGCUUCCAUAUGAGAGGAGAAACGUAAGAUCAAGAUUACACCAGCUGCUGGAUACAGGUUUGUCACUUUGA